GAAAGCAUGAGCGGGGCCAUUGACCACGAAUUCGACUUCGUCACGAUCUCCAAUGGCCGAGCCCUUGACCAAGUGAAAUCAUGGCGAAAUCAGAACGACACUGGGGCGUUGAUGGUGGAGGAGGAGGAGGAGGAGGAGGAGAAGAAAGAGGCGGUUCCGCCUCAGCCACUCAACAGAGGCCGCACUUGCCUCAAAGCCCUUUGCGGAGACACGUUCGAAGCAGUUUUUGGAACCAUCCGUCGAAUGGUGUGGGUGAUGGCCGUCAUCAUUUGUUGCUUCUUCAUGAUCUCUCAGAUGUCUGAAUGCUUGGACAAGCUGUCCAAUCCUCCAAUUUCGACCCAAACCCGGAUCAUCAUGCGAGAGGAAAUGGACUACCCGGCGUUGACCAUGUGCUACAAGAACUCGGACAAUCAAGGCUAUGAUCCACUCAUGUUUAAGCACUACAACAUCACGCGCUACUGGCUUAUGAAUGAUCAAACACAAGAGUCCGCGUGGCGAAACUUCCCUUGGGGCCAGAUUCCCUUGAGCGAGGUGUGGGAAAACAUCACGUAUCCUGUGGUCGAGACCACGGAGGGUGUUCAGUAUCAAGGACAUCGGGAUCACAUCAAGUCUUACGUGAUCAGUCUCAACAACGUCGGAGGAUUGGACUACAGCUACUCAUUCUAUCACGACCAUGGUCGCUGCUACACGAUACGGCCUCCCAAGAAUGUGGACAAGCCUUUACCGGGCGAGAAAUAUGGCUACAAAUUGUACUUCUUCCUUCAGCGAGCCAGCAAUGACAGUAAAUUAUUCGACGGGGAAUGGCAAGUCCACGUUCACGACGCGGAUGAAUGGUGGUCAGAGAAUUCCCUCCUUUCGUACAGUCACCAAGAGACUCUCUACGUCAAAACGGGUUACCGGGUGUUCAUCCGGGUGUCAGAAAGUGUCUUCAACAGUCUGAAUCGGCCUCAAGAGCGAUGUGAUGACAUCGGAGGGACCAGCUACAAUGAGUGCAUUGAAACUUGUCGAUGGCGACACAUUGUGAGUCAGGACAGCAUCCGGUGCAAAAUGCCUUUCAUGGACGUGGUAGGCUGGCCCGAAUGUCAAACCCAGGACCAGGCCUUCACGGCCAUCGAACAAUAUCGAAACUACCGCGACAAGAAUGCCCGAGAACACUGCAAGAACUCUUGCCUCAAACAUUGCCGCAUCCGCAUUCAUUCCGCCCAAAUCACCAAAGAGAUGGAGAGCCGACCUGAUCAGAGCUCGAUCCACAUCUACUACUCCUCAGGCAUGAUUCAGGAUUUGCACGAAGAGUGGGGCUACGACAUGACCUUAUUCAUCGCAGACUUUGGCGGAUCUUUGGGAUUCCUUCUGGGUGUCUCCAUAUUGAGUGUGUUGGAAAUCGUCGAGGGACUAAUCAUGGCCGCCUACAAAAUGUGUCAAGAUUGGAAAGAGACGAAAGAGCGACAAGCCUCCAGAGACGGCAAAGUCAAAGAGACGUAUAGGACCACAGACGAAGCUGAGCUCUCCACCGACGACAUGAUUACCGUUCACUUGUAGUUGGUGGUUGAAAGCAGUAAGAGGCCUUUUACAUUACUCAUUUUUGUCAUGUAUUCAUCAUUGCCUGGUGGUGUCAUCGAAGCAUUCAUGUGAUGAACAAUACACGCUAUUCGGCGCUCA